UUGUCAUUUCUCCCUCUGGCUACAUGAUUUGUCCUUUGGGAAGGCUUCAAAUAACAGACUUCACGAAUGGAGGGCUUUUCGAUGGAAUGAUGUCGCUGGCAAUUGCAGAGAGGGUAUCCCGCAUUCACUUUAACAUUUGUUAAUUCCUUAGUAUAUGGAAGGCCCUCUGCUAGGUUUGGGGACGCUGAAUGAUGGGAAAAGUGCAACAAAGGGCUUCACGUAAGAAGUUUGUGUGCUCAACGAGCUGACAGCCAGUUCCCCGCCUCUUCUCUCUCUACCCCUAUUUCGAGUAAUUCCCAGACUUCUGACUUAGGGCUCUCUAUCUGACUUUCUUUUUGCCCACUGUUUCCACAACGAAAUCCUGCCCCAGAGACUUCCCGCCACAGAUCUCCAAGCGUGGAAAGGGUUAAAAGGGAAGGCGGUGCCGGGAUCUCCGAGCACCUGUAAGUAUCCCCUGCUCUCCUCCCCUCCCGAGUUCCCUCCUUCCCUGGCGCCUCCCAGAUGAUCCAGUAGGCGUGUGGGGCGGCGUAGUCUGAGCUCUGUUCGCCCCAGAGGAAUUAACGUGGAGUCGGGCCAGUCCCGCAGGGAGAGCACUGGGCGCAGCCGCUUCCAUCUCCGCCUUCAUCGCCGCUGCUGCCUGGAGCAGGGAAGCGGCUCCCGAACGGCAAGUGAAGCAUCGGUCCCCGUAGUCUUCAACCCCCAAGGUUGGGGGUUGGAGGGCAGCCGGACCCAUGGCCGACUUCCCAUCCAAAGUCAGCACCCAGACCAGCACCCCGGUGCAGGGUGGCGCCCAUGCAUCGCUGCCGGGGCUCGGCUCUCUGCGGCCAGAUGUAGGCUUCCUUCGUUCUUUAGUGGGAGCCUUGAUGAUCCUGGAAAUCGUGGUAGGUUUGCUGGUCUGGGCCCUGAUUGCAGACACCCCUUAUCACUACUACUCCAUCUACGGCUGGGUGAUGUUUGUAGCUGUCUUCCUCUGGCUGGCGACAAUCAUCUUCUUCGUCUUGUACGUGUGGCAGCUACAUCUAAGAUUCCCCAUGGUUCCCUGGCCUUUGGUGCUAAUGAUAUUUAAUAUAGCUGCCCUGAUUCUCUACAUUACCGGAUUCAUCACCUGCGCAGUGGCAGUUCAAAAAACAUCAAUAGUUGGUUCCCAUACAUUUGACAAAAGGGCUGCUGCUUCCUUCUUUGCAUGUGUAGUGAUGAUCGCCUAUGGAGUGAGUGCUUUCUUCACCUUCCGAGCCUGGAAAGGAAUAGGCAGCAAUGCAGCUACUAGUCAGAUGGCUGGUGGCUAUUCCUAAAACCAUCAAUGCCCAUGGACCACCUUGGUACUGAAGUCUACAUGCCACAGUGGAGGAGCCUGGAUACCACUGGUCAUCACAAGGAGGCUAUAAUAAGCAGAAAACCAGUCCAGCUGUGACCAAAUCUGCUAUCCUCUGCUGACGGAAAUUUGUGUUUUCACCCCAAUCCUAACGGAACACAAUCCACCACCUUGGAUUGGCAUGAAUUGGCAUUUGUGAGCAGGGGCAGGAAAAAGUCCAAAGAUGUUAAAAGACCUCACCGACUUUAGACAGGGAAGGCCACCUCUCAGGAAGUGGAGUUGUGGCCAUCAUUGCUUUGAAUUUGUAAGGCUUCAGUUUCCAGGGCCAGGAAUUCAACCCCUUUUACCAGCAUUAAAUCUGCUAACAAAUAAUAUCUCAAACCUUGUAAUCCUAUCCUGUAUAUACUGUAAAGGUAACAACCAUGGUAAUGUGAUAAUGAGUAGUAGCAGUAGUCUGAGUUUUCUGAAAAGACUUAUCUACUCAAGGUAGCUAUUGGAAUUUCUCAAGUCUACAACCAAAAAGGUGAUUUGUUUGUUUGAGGUGAUCUCACCUCAAACAAAAAGCCCAAUAUAGUGUGUAUUUGGCAAUGUAAAACUCUCGUCUUCUAUUUCAAUGGGAAAAGGAACAAAGUGUCAUCUUCACUUUCACAAUGUCCAUGGCUAGUUAUGGCACAACAGUCAUAGCCCAUAGGAAAGGCCUAUAUUUAAAAGUAAAAAUAAACCCAUUAAUAGGCUACUAAAAUAGAUAGUGCUUAGGUACUAGUUCAAGAUCUCACUAACAUAUAGGGGGUAUGUCCAUGAGGAUUUGUACAUUUUAGAAGCUUGUGUUUAAUGGAAAACCUCGUUUUUACCUGCUUCUCAAAGACACUUGCUGUCCAAUUUUUCCCUUUACUUUAAAACACAAUUUUCAUCUAUAUAUCCUCUUGGAAAGAGCUAAACACCAAGACUGACUGACUUCCUGACACCACUGACUGAGCCCAACAGCUAUGGAUUUGGGAGUAGGUGGCUCACAAUCUUGCCUGAUUGUUUGAUAGCAAUGAUUUUGUUCUUUGUACAUAAAUAAAGACCAUGGAACAUUUAUUUGGAA